UCCCACUCAAGGAUGUAAUAGUGGUGAGAGUGGUUGUCUCUGUUCAAUUUUGAGUAACAGAUCAUGAAGUAUUUUGUUGCGAUGAUUGUUAUGGAAAGGACUUCAGAAUUUCAAAAUGUGUGAAAAUUCUUAAAAUAAGAUGAGACUAAUAUUUUUUAUCAAUAGUUUUAACUGCCAAGUGAAAUACACCUGAAAAGAAUGGAGUGUCAGAUUAGGAGUAUGGCAUCUUCAAGUAUAGCAGAUGAAGUAAAUAUACCUGAAGGAAAAGUCGAAGCAGUGUGCAGGGAAUGGUUAGUUAGAGAAGAUGGUGUUUUGGCAUAUAAGCUUCAAACAGAAGAAAUUCAGCAUCAUUAUGGGCAUAAUAAGGAAAGGAAUCAGCUAGUUAGGUCAGAUUUACAAGAAGCUCGGACAGCACAGAAAACUGAAGAAGAAGAAGCUGCAAUGGUUAAAAUGGCAUAUGAAAAAAUGUUAAAAGAACAAGAAGACCAUGAUGCUUUUAUUGCUCAUCAACUACAAGAAAAAAUUUUAAAAGAAGAAAUGGAUCGUCAAAAGCAAAUAGAAUUAGAAGAUCAGCGAAUAGCUUUAGAGCUUCAGAGAAAAGAAAAAUUACGCCUGCAGCGAAAACGAGAAGAAAAAGAAAUGAGACAAGCUGAAAAAGCUAGAGCAGAACUGUCUGGAGCAUCUAAUUCAUCUAGUGUAAAAUCUAUUGAUGAUUUAGUGGCCACAAAGGAAGCUUGUACUAGUCCCCUCGAAAGAAGUAUUUCAAAUCUUACCUUGGAACCUCCAGAAAAUUUGAGUCCAGAAGAGCUUCAAAAAUUCAUAGAACAUCGUGAUGCUGAAUUGGCAAGACUACUCCAAGAGCAAGAGCUUAAGCAUCAAGGUGAAACUAAACAAGAUCGACAGAUUGCUAUUGAAGCUCAGGAUAGAGAGCUUGCUAAAGUUCUGCAAGAACAAGAAAGGGCUAAAGCCAGAAAAGCCCGAGAAAGGGCAAAGCAAAAAGCUGCAUUAGCUCAACAGCAGGAACAUGGGGGCACAACGUCUGAAGCACAGCCACACAUUCUUCAGAGUACUGAGCAUGAUACCAUUGUUAAAGAAAGAUUAAGAAGUCCUGAUUGGAGUACAGCUGAUCGCCGAAGUUUUGCAUCAGAUUUUUCAGGAGAUCCGGUUGACAAUAUAGCUGCAGCUAUUGACCCUACUUUCAAUGCCAAUUCUUCUAAUAUGGGAUCACCUGUAUCAAGAAAUUCAUCAAUUGGAUCAUCUACAUCUCGUAUUUCAUCACUUAAAUCCCCUUUUGCAUCUCCUAGCACAGAAGUGCCACCAUAUUGUGCUGCAAUUGAUGAUGGCUUUUUCAUGAAUGGUGAGGAUGGUAGUGCUGUUCCACCAUAUAUGCCCGUACAAGGAACACGUCGUCCCACUUCUCUAGAAAAAGGGAAGAAAUCUAAAAAAGGAAAAGACGGAUGUAAAACACAAUGACCAAAAGCUAACAGAUUGCUACAACUGUGGUUUCAAAGAUAAUGCAUCACAAUGUAGGAAACCACUUGUUUAUUUUUAUACUCUUGUGUUUGCCUUGCUUAAGCAAUGUAAUGAGUUAUUCAGAGUUGCCACUCAAACAGGAAAAUAAAAUUUCUUGACUUUUC